AUGCAACAAAACACUGAAAUCCACAAAUAUCUUCAAUCUUGCAACCGCCCUCAGAUUAGCUCUCAGGUUCUCAUCGAUAUCCAGGCUGACGUGCUUUGCAAGAAGACACUCGGCGGCCGGUUAUCAUACAACUUUGGCUUUUGGUACUGCGUACUCAUCACCGGGCAGGUCUUGAUUAAGAAGGACAAAAGUAUGAAUGGGAAAGAAGGGAAUGCAAGCGAAAAUAUCAUUUAUUCAAGUCGGCUUAUAAAACAAUAUGGUGUUGACAUGUGGGUUGAAAUUCGAGAGGUUAACGCGGGAAUCAGAACAAUGUACUCUUCAGCAGCGCACUUUGCGUGA